CAUUUUAUUUUUUCCAGAAAGAAGCAGCUAGUCAGCUCGCACACAUUCAAACAAUUGUCGCCGUACGGCUUCGGGACCCUGAGCGCACCGCCUUUUACUGUAGUGUUUGUCGACGUCUCGUGCUUGAGUACGUUGGUCCGGGAGACCUGCAUACAUCGCACGCUUCUGGUUCAUGGUCUGACUUUUUGUCACGGCAUUGGAGGAGAGAAGGUGAAAGAUGACGCAGUUUUUACCCCCGAAUCUGCUGGCCCUGUUCGCCCCGCGGGACCCGAUCCCUUUCCUCUCGCAGCUCGAGAAGCUGCCCCACGAGAAGCACCACAACCAGCCUUACAGCGGCAUCGCCCCGUUCAUCAGGCAUUUCGAGGAUCCUCGAGAUGCCCCCCCACCAACAAGGGCAGAGACGCGCGAUGAGCGGCUCGAGAGAAAGAGGCGGGAGAAGAUUGAGAGGAGGCAAGCCGUGGUGGAGACAGAACUCAAGCUUUGGGACCCCCAUAAUGACCCCAAUGCACAAGGGGAUGCCUUCAAGACACUGUUUGUUGCCAGAGUGAACUACGAUACGACCGAGUCCAAGCUUCGCCGUGAGUUUGAGGUCUAUGGCCCCAUCAAACGGAUUUACAUAGUCUACAACAAGAGGACGCAGAAGCCCCGGGGAUAUGCGUUCAUUGAGUAUGAGCAUGAACGAGACAUGCACUCCGCCUACAAGCACGCCGACGGGAAGAAGAUUGACGGUCGGCGCGUGCUGGUGGACGUGGAGCGUGGACGCACCGUGAAAGGGUGGCAACCUCGCCGGCUGGGCGGUGGAUUGGGUGGCACGAGAAGAGGCGGAGCUGAUGUCAACAUUAAGCACUCUGGCCGAGACGAUGCAUCACGUUACGAUGAGCGCCCCAUAGGGGGGGAUCGGGAACCCCGAGAGCGGAGGGAGCGCAGCCGGGAGCGCGAGCGAGACAAGGACAAGGAUAAGGACAAGGACAAGGACCGAGAGCGCCGGCGGUCCCGAUCCCGCGACCGCCGUCGUCGUACUCGAUCUCGGGAGCGAGAGAGGGAAAGAGAGAGACCGAUAGGAGGAGUAGUAGGAGGAGCAGCAGUAGGAGUAGGAGGAGGAGGAGAGGAUGUCGUUAGCGGUAGCGGCGGUGGCACUCGGCGUAGAGAGCGCGAGAAGGACCGCGGGGUGGUGGCGGCGGCGGCGGCUGGAGGAAACGACAGCAGAAGUAGGGAGAGGAGUCGAGAGCGGAAGAGGAGGAGCAGGAGCCGCGAUCGCAAGAGAGACAGGGAGAGGGGGGGCAAGGGGCCGGACGGGGAGGAGGCCGGCCAGGCAGAGGCGGCCCCUGAAGGAGGGGAGCGUAUGCUGGAGGAGAAUGAAGGCGAGGCGGGGGAGGGCGGGGAGGAGCGGAGUCGGGACAAGGACCGAGACCGCAGGCGCAGCCACAGGGACAGAGAGCGGCGCCGGGGGGACCGGGCAGACCGGGCAGACCGGGGGGACCGGGCGGACCGGGCGGACCGGGUGGACCGGGUGGACCGGGGAGACCGGGAACACAAGAGGGAGCGGGGGGAGCGGGACCGGGGGGAGCGCAAAGAGGAGCGCCACGGCUCCCAACGGGACGACGCCGGCCCCCAAGACGAGCCGGCCAAUGAGAACGAGGGAGGAGCGCCGCCGCACGCAGAGGAGUACAGUCAGGACGGGAUGGCGGACCAGCAGUCGGUGCCGUCGGCCGACGGCUACGUCUCCAGUGAAAAUGGCUACAAGAUGGAGGCCCCGGGAGACGAGUACUGAGACGCUCGCGCCGUCAUGAAUACGCCGUUUCAUACAAUACUUUAAAUCUGCCCGUAACUUUUUACCAAGACACAGGAAGUCUGAACGAUGUCAGCAGCAGACAUCCCUCGAGCUCUCCUCCCAUCUGUCAACAUUCUGUUUAACUAUUCCUAUUUCUGUUGCACGCACACUUGAUGCAUAACACAAUUUGGUCUCUUACAGAAGUUGCAGCUUUCCUGCGUCGCCCAACUAAUCCGUGCCACUAAAUGUCAUCGGAUGACUUUUUACUUGAUUCCCUCUAGAAAUGUUUUUCUUCCCUUUUUUUCUUCCACGUGGCUUGGGGAUGAACUGUAGAAACACAAGCUCUAUUCGUUUUUAGAAGGGUAGAGUGUGUUGUCUUUUUAUUUCGAGAUUCAUAAAACAGUUGGAUUGUAUGCUCAUUUGGAAGUGACACAUUUUCCCCUCAAUGUAUGUGAAAUUUGAUGGAGCUAUUGUAGUGUGUGCGACAAAUUGAGGGCUCUUCUGUUUAUUCAUUCUGGAAUAAAGUUUUUUUUAAAUUAUGUCUGCUUGUUUGUAUGUUGGAUUUUCACGACCCGUUUAAUAAAGAUGUGGCUUAAAGCCAGAGCGCA